GCGCACGGGAUCGCACAGUUCAGUCGCCUUUUACCGGCCUUACCGAGAGGAUCGGAUCGUUGCCGAUCGGUGUGCGCGUACGUACGACUCCCUUCGAGAGCUAACGUAGAGCGAGAGAGGCCGAUGAUACUGUAAGACGUACAAAGAGGGACGACAAGUAACUAAAAUAUAAAAGAAAAGGAAAGGGAAAAUAAAAGAUAAGAACAGACAAAUAAAAGAAAAAGAAAAAGAAAAGAAAAGAAAAGAAAAGAGAAAUAGAGAAGAAGAAGAAGAUAAAAGGUUUACCACCUUAGAAAGUUUUGUACAGGAUUACUCUAAGAAUGAAAUUCUUCCUCUGCCUGGUUGAAGAAGGCAGCGGUAGUAGAUGUUCUAUAAAAUUUAUUCGAAGCAAUUAUCUUGAUUCUAAAAGAAAACGACAAGGGCGUUUGUGGCGGAACGAUAGCAGCAUAAGCUGCUGCGACGCUUGAGAAGAAGAAGGGACACCCUUGUAAGCUGAUUUUCUUUCUUUCUUUAUUUCUCUCUCUCUCUCUCUCUCUCUCUAUCUCUCUGUCCCUCUCCCUCUCUCUCUCUCUCUCCUCUCUCUCUCUCCUCUCUGUCUCUCUCUCUCUCUCUUUCUCUUCCUCUCUCUGUCUAUCUGUCUAUCUGUCUGUCUGUCUGUCUCUCUUUAAUCGAAGAGAAACGCAAGACAACACAACCAACGCGUUUAUAGAGAGAAGCAGUGCGUGUGAAAGAGAAAGAGAGAGUGAUCGAAGAGAAAGAUAAUAUUUCUCACACCGGCGAGCGUUCCAAGAGGGAAUCGUACAUUUUCGGAUCUCUCCUAAUCGGUGUUACUAUAUUACUACGGUAUUAUCCGUCUCUCUCUUUCUCACUUGUAUAAAACCGCGAGAUUCGAACUCGCGCCAAAGUGCGUUCCACAGUGGAUACUACUACUACUACUAUCUCGCUUUUGGAUUACGACACGAAGUGGUGGCUGUCAGGUAAUAUGCCAGUACCUGUUUGGGAUUGCCCGGAAUUGGGCCCUAUGGACGAAGCUUUGGAAACAGCAAGCGUUGUUUCGGAGGAUAUCUGGAAGAAGUUCGAUUUGGACUUCCCACUGGAUAUCUAUUCCAAUCGACCGUACGACGAGACCGUUCUUCCCGAGCUUAUCUAUGACAAAGUUACAUGUAUGGCAUCUCGAGAGAUUCGUCAUCAUGAUUGCAUGUGGGCCGGCUUGUGUAUCAGCAAGGAGCACAAUAGAACUUUGCCUGCUAAGAAAGAUUCUCAGUUACAAAAGAAAAUACCAGCUGGUAGGAGUUUGCUCAUAUCACGUGCUAGUACAUCUGCACGUUCCUUGAUGAACGUUCAGCAACAACAUCAAGCGUUACAACAACAACAACAACAACAACAGUUGCUGCAACAACAACAACAAUCUCAACAAUGUCGUGUGAAGAGUUUAGAAAGCGAUGGAGAUUCCACAAGACCCGAUACACCACCAACAUCGACGUCAGAUACAGAUACAGACGACGAAGUUCCUGUCUUUAGACACGAUCAGAUCAAUAUACACGAGAAGCUAUCGGAAUGCAUGUCCGAAUCGAUCAUCAGGGCGGCGCCGGUUAGCGAAGUUACGGGUCAGCUUGUCAGACGGUUCUAUGACAGAAGGAAAGAGGAAGAAAACAGUCAUCAACCGAACUUGAGAAAUACCCUUAGCGAUCAUUGCUAUCAUCUUAAUCAUCCCGCUUACAAGAGGCUCGAGAAUCUUGGCGUUCAGACACCUUCAGAAUCCGAAGAAGAAGAGAUCGAUGUAGUGACAUUCGAGAAGCCUUGCCGAGCGAGCAAUUUAGCUAACAAAAAUGAACAGCAGCAUCAACAGAAUAACCACCAUCACAAUCAACAGCACCAACAACAACACCACCACCACCACCACCACCACCAACAACAGCAGCAGCAGCAGCAGCAGCAACAACAGCAACAGCAGCUGCAACGUCCACAGCGAUCAACAAAUGUGAAAGAAAAGAAAGGCACGAUGGCAACGACGACACAAGCACCCAGACCACGAGGCAGACCGCCUGCAAAUGCUACGACACGAAAACGAAAUCUGACGGCUAACGUUGCUGCAGUCGAUAAACAGACCAAAAGAAAUUGUACCAGAAACACCCAGCGAAGAAAAAAGACAACGAAGAGCAAAGGUGGUGCGGGCUCGAAAAGCUCGUCCGAAGAUGAAUUGGAUACCGAGAAGAGGAGCCUUCAUAACAAUAUGGAACGACGGAGACGAGUCGAACUUCGACAUUUCUUCGAGGAUCUUCGUCGUUUAGUGCCUGCUGUCGAAUUUAAAGAAAAAGCAGCGAAAGUGACGAUUCUGAGACAAGCUGCACUUUUCUGCGAUAUUCUCGCUCAUUCAUUCAUCAAUAAUCAGAUUAAGAUUUCUGAAUUAUCGAAGGAACAGAUACUACUGAGGGCUAGGCUAAAAUAUCUUAGAUAUAACCUUGCUCGAAGGCGUUAAAAGGGAUUUUAGAAAGAAGAAAAAGGAGUUUGCAAAAAGAAACAAGAGAGAGGAAUCCCAAUCGAGUUAUUAAUCUCGAUAUGAACCGCUCACAUUUAUAAACAUUACUACAUAUACAUAUAUAUGUAUUCACAUUUUCGUCACUACACGUAUACAUUUAUCAACAUAGAAAUGCAACUUGGCUAAAAACGACGACGACUACGACGACGAAGAGAACUACUAUACACAACUACGACAACUACGACGGAUCUUUCGACCUUCCCACGUGAAAAGAGCAUCCAUCAAACUCGUUCCUUUUACUGAACAUACUUCGAGGAAUGAAUCAUGAACUUAACUGAUGGAGAUAACGAUCGCGAGUGAAGGUUUAUAUCAUCAGCCACCAGGACCCACGCAUCUACGUGGAUACUUAACGUGUCCAAUUCGAUCGGCGAUUUUUUUCAAGAAGGACGCGAAGAAAACAGAUCGAAGCGUUAUCGAUGAAAAAAUAAAUUUGUACAAAGAUAAAAAGUACAACGACAGAUGACGCGAAGCCCUUUCCGUUUCUUUGUUUUAUAACUUCCAUGGUGUCUUUUCUUUUUUUUUUCCUUCUUUUUUCUGAUCCGAUUUUUAAACGAAAAAGAAAAAAGUAUACAAUAUAUAUGAAGCUUAUUCAAAACAUCGAUUUUCUCGUACCUCAGGAUGGAUCCCCUGAUCCGCUGGUGUCUUGAAAAGAAUGCAAACGUACCUGCUAGCUAUAUAAACAUUUUAAAUAAUAAUAGAUUACUGUAAUAACACGAAGGAAGUGGUAAGGAAGAUUAACGCAUUUGAACAAUGACGUGAGCGUUGGUUCAGGAUUAGAAUCAUACGGGGAUGAAGAUAUUUUCGUUGCCGUUAGCGAUGAAAAAAAUGACACAGAACGGUGAUGAUGUUUCCUUCAUUCUCGAUGAAUUAUUAUAGAUAUAUGUUAUAGAUACGAUUCUAUGAUUGAUAUAUAUUAUAUGUAUAUAUAUAAUACACAUACACUAAACACACACACACACAUACACAAAUUAUAGACACGCAUAUAUAUCAUAUAUGACUCGUAAGGAUUCGUUUCCAUCGUCGCUUAUGAUCCCUUUCUAUUUUUGUUUGUUGUUUUUGAAUUUUUACUGAUCGUAACUCAGACGAGGCUAAUUGGCCUUUAAUAUCUUUUUAUUUUAUUUUUUCUCUAUCCUCCCCUCCUGCACUCUCCAUAUUAUUCUUAUACGACAAAUUAUUUCGUCCAAAUGCAUUUUCUUCCAGUUCAGAUAAUUUUCUUCUUUAAAGAAGCAAGUCGAGCCCUUCUACUUUAUUGUUUACAUUUUUUUUUCUUUUUCUUGUUUCGUAUUUUCUUUUUGAGAGAAUCAUAGAUUUUUGUUAGAACGACGCGACUUGUGGAAACGAAUCGUACGACUUUUUCUUGUAAAAAAACGUGUAUUAUACACAUAACAUACACACACAUAACGCGUAUAUGUAUACCCUUUACUCCCGACCCGCGUACAUCGUAGGCGGAUAUUAUUCUUCACCUUCUCUUUUAUUUUUUUUUUCGAUUAAGAAAGCAGAGGUGGAUGGUUGCGACGACGAGUGCUUCGCACGCGGGCUAAUAAGAAAUUAAACAACAAACAAAAAAAAAAACAUUUUUACGAAUGAUAGAGUUUUAUAAAAAGUGUACAUAAAUAAAUAUAUAGUUUGCUAUACGAAACUGUGUAUAGUUGUUCUGGACCUUAAUUAAAGUUAAAAUAACGAAGGAACGUGAGAGAGAUAAUGGAAGAAGAAGAAGAGUGGAAGGCAAAUAAGAAUUAUUAGUCGUCGAGCGAGAAUUUAUCGAUUGCGAAGGAACGCUCGAUGCUCGAUUAACGACGGUUGUUCACGUAACAUUAGGUUUUUUAUUCAGAGCAAAACAAUAUUUUUUAUUUGUCCCUUUAUUUUUAUAUGACGUUGCUACUGAAAUAAAUAGUAAGCGAUAAAUAAAAAAAAAAGAAAAUAAAUAAAAAUAAUAAUAAAAAAAAAAAAGAAAGAAAGAAAUAAAGAAAAUAGAACUUUUCUACGACGAAACAUAGUUUGAGAGUAUUCAUGUGACGUCAACGACAUAGAAAACAGAUUUUUAAGGAAAAGCGCAAGAGAGCGAGAGAGCACGAAUUUACGUCUGCAGCGAGAGGUAGAUAAAAAUAAUGAAUCAAUGAAACAAAUAAUAACGUUAUAGCGUAACGAUUACCCAGGCACAUGAAUUUUUUAACUGCGAUAAACAUGUAUAUGUAUUAUAUACAUACAGGUAGAUCGAUAGAAUCUCUUAUUUUUGCAAGAAAAAAACCGUUCCAAAAAGAAAAGAUGCAAAAAAUAUAUUGACGUUCACUCGACGACGAGAAAUUACACGGAUUAUAUAAUAAUACCCAAACGUUUCCUAUAUCAUUCGUUUUUUUUUUCCUCCCCUCUUUGAUUAUCAUAUUAACGCUUACUCGCCAAACGUAUUUCGGUUGUUCCGAAUAUUUUUCUUUUCUUUUCUUUUCUUUUGUUCCAAUGCUUUAAACUCGUAUGAUAACGGCGUAUGCGACCGUGUGAUUCUUCGUCGUGAGAAAAUGAGAACGAGCACCACAGAGACUUCGCCGCUUUAAUAAAAGGGAUCGCGUCGUUUGCGCCUCGUUAGUCCGCUAAAGAACUUCUCAUUCGAAUAACGAGCUUAGCAUGUAUUGCCGCUUCGAUACCCAUUUUACAAGAUUUUUGCUUUUCCUUUUUAACAUAUAGAUUACGGCACCGCAGGAGGACUGUAGAGAGUUCGAACACGUCGAUCCCCUAUUCAGUGUACCUAUACCUCGAAGAUUGUUAAAUUAAAAAUUAAAAUAGAAUUUAAAAUGAUUCCGCUGGAUCGUUCCUCGAUGUACUCCAAUCGAAACAUUCUCGUAAUUGUUGUUGUUUUUUCUUUCCUUUUCUUUUUUUUCUUUUUUUUUUUUUUUUUAGAAUAAACUGCAAGAUUUUUUCGUUUGGAAAACAUCGAGGGAGCUUUCAGAAACAGCCUAAAAAGUCACCCUUGUACAAUUGCUACCGAUAUUAUAUACAUAAUUACUAAUGGUAAUAAUAAUCUAAUGAAUAGGCACACGCGCAAACAGACUAAAGGGAAUCGGUCAGUUCAGGCACAGUUUUUGAAUGCUGAGAGGGUAUAUAUACAUAUAUAUAUAUAUAUACGUAUAUAUAUUAUACAUAUACGUAUAUGUAUGUAUAUAUAUAUAUAUAUAUAUGUAUGUAUAUAUAUAUAUAUAUAUAAAUAGUUAUAAUAAAUGGAGAAGUAAUAUUUAUGCCAGAAGUUAAUAAUAUUUAGAAGUAAUAUUUAUAUCUCUACACUCACUAUAUCUACAUUAUAUACAGCCCUCGCCGUUUUUUGUAGGAUGAAGUAGAAAAUUUUGUAUAGGUCAAAUGAGUAGGAGGGAGGGGUGGAUGGUAAAAGUAAGAAAGAAGCGAGAAGAAAUGUGGAAAAUAAUUGCUUAAUUAUUUGUUGUAACAUGUAGGUUCUAUAACCGGAAAACCGAAUGAAAGACAUAUGACAAUUCUGUUGUACUUAAAGGUAAACAAAAUGAAAAAAAAAAAAAAGAAUUUUUUCGUUGUUAUAUUGACAUUUCCUCGUUAUGAUCGCGUGCGGCGGUGCGUCAAACUUCAAAAUUCGUUUUACAGGAAAAUCGAGGAUAAACCAAAAAUAAAAAAAAUGAACACAAAUAAUAAAAUGUAUGUAUAUCGUUUUUUGUUUAUGCAAGAUCAAAUUUUAUACUUCGAUCGGACGGAAGGAAUUGUACUCGUUCGCCGAUUUUUCUAAUGAUCUUGCAAAGCGAUCUUUUUUGACGAAUGAGAUCGUUAAAAAGGAUGUUUAAUUAUUAUAAUUACUAUAAUCAUUAUUAUAGAUUUUGUUUAGAAAUCAGAAAGCGUAAGGACUGAGAAGAGAAUUUGAAAGAGAGAGAGAAAGAGAGAGAGAAAGAGAAAGAGAGAGAACGAGAGAGAGAAAGAGAGAAAAAGAGAGAGAGAGAGAGAGAGAGAGAGAGAGAGAGAGAGAAAGCGAGAAUCCUCGAUGUUACUUUUUUUCAGGAAAGAGAGCCAGACAGUUCCUUAAUGUUUAUAUUUCAAAUUAUCUUAUUAUAUGAAUAAAGUACUAUAUCAUUUAA